CAUACAGGCGGAGGGGGCGAGGGGAUAGACUACUGGACAACUCGUGUCUCGAUCGUCUAAACGGAUCCACUUGACUUGUUGGUUUUCACUCAGUUGCAGGAAGGAAUGUAAGCGAAGUGUCCGUUAAUGAAAAUCAUAAUUAAUGUCAAAUUCACACGACCGAUGGAAUACACGGGAUUUAUGACAGUGUUUUUGUUUGUGACAGUAAACGUUUGCUCGUAGAACUUUAAAAAUAAUUUUUUUGGCUUGGAUUUAAUUCACUUACGGUUACGAUACACGCAGGGCACCGCUGUGGUCUGAAAAAAAGUCCUGGGGUGAGGAAUUCCGAUGAACAUUUAAAACACUUCGAAAUUGGAUGGCAAUUGUCAACAUAUAAAAAUUUAUAUGUCCAAAUAUUGGCCUGGAUUAUCCUCCAAUACACAAACUAUCUUUCAUUGUUAACAGGAAUUAGGAGAUUGCGAGAAGAAUUGAAUGAAGAGAAUCCCCGCGGUGAGGAUUAUUAAAUGAUUAUGUGGGUCCUGUUAAAGCCGGGAUUUGUCACGCGGCUUUUCCUUUCUAUUUUUUUGUAGGUCUAACAUAGCAAUAAAACAAAAACAUACAGCUGGUUAUAGAUGGAGAACGGAAUAUGGCCUCUUCCAUUUCUAUCAACAAAAAUACAUUUUCAUUGGAUCCUGCAGGUUUACUUUGUUAAUGGAAAAAGGAAAUGUGUACUGAAGUAAGAUUGUCUCACGAUUCUUCUCAGGUGAUUGAUUAAGGUGAAUCGUAGCAUUGUUUUACCUGAACGCUUUGGUGAUUAUUCAGUAUUGGUUUUAUUGGAAAUCAAUUAAGAUGGAAUAAAUCGAACAUAAAUGUGACACGGUGGGGAAAAAGGUCCCAGUCUUUGAGGAAAUAUUCGGCAAUAAAGUGGACGAAACUGUGCGCGGGGAUUAGCGUUACAAAGGCUCGCUCUUAAACAAACGGACGACCGUUUCUACUUAUUGAAAAUCGAAGGAAUUGUUCUUUAAACUUUUUCAAAGUGCUGUGAAAAUUUUUGGAAGUUAACUUUUUUAAACAAUAGUCGUCAAGAUCAUUGAUCGAUGGACAAUGCAGAGUGUCCAAAAUGUACGAGAUAACGCACGGAAUGAGUGACAGAUUCAGACGAAGGUGGCGGGAAGUCCGACUCCACACUCAGGAAAACGGAAGUGCUUAAUAUCCAGGGGAUGUUUGGUCUGCAGGUGCCCCUGUCCCGGACGACGGAGGCUGCGGAGUUUGACAGUGUCAGCACAAUCCUCUCUCACAGUGCGUACAAUAGCUCCACUGCAUUAAAUCUACCAGAGUGUCGGAAUAAUGGCCGCCUUUUUGUCUUAGAACUUUUUGGAAACAAGAAACACAAGUGUGAUAAUAUUCACUGUCCACACAACGGUCACUCUACGGACGACACUGGGUACGGGACAGACAAUGAUGAGACAAGUGGGGGACAGGAAGGGAAUCCUGACUAUGAACCGCUGAGCAUUGUGGGAGAUAAGUGUACAGAGGCAAGCAUAGAUUUCACAAGGAUGGACAGUGUUCGCAGAGUGAAACUAAAAGUGAAAAAUGUGAAUCUUCAGAAUUUUGACAUUUCUGACCGUACGAGGAGGCCCGGUCAGUUGGGACGGAUUUUGUGUAAGGAGCUGAUUGGAAUUAUUCCCGGUCACUUCCCGUCCAAAUCUAGGUCGUCCUGUGGACAGAGACUGUGUAUCAGGGGGCUAGUUCCUCACAGUCAUACUGCAAAGUACUCCAAAAUUCAGAUAGGAGAUUGUUUACGACUAAUUAAUGGUCGUGAGAUCACAUGGGACAACAUUGAUGAUAUCCUGUUGAAGAUUUCUCACAAGGAAGAGGUGUCCGUAGUCAUACAGCAGGUGAUCAGUAAACAGCCGCGGGUACCUGUCCUCAGUCCACUGAGGGCCACUACAGUGGACCAAGAUCUGGUACAGGCAAUCAGCGGCCUCGCCCCGGGGACGGACCACUUGGCUUCUACCCUGGGGCACUGUCUGAUGUUUAUAGACCUCCAGAAACUUCAGUCUGAAACUGAGGCAUCGCAGGAUGACCUGGUUUAUCGGUACCCAAAGACGACCUUGACAGACAUCAGGGGAGCACUAAUUACCCUGUACCACACGGCACAGGAGUGGUCACACACCAAACUACAACAAUCGAGCUAUGAACACAAUGGGGAGAGAUACACUGUGGGGUAUUAUAAGGAGGAGACAACUCUGCUUCUUCUCACCUUCAAACAGACUCAGAUCCCUCGGUUGAGUGUGUUCAUGGUGAUGGGAAAUUUACUCCGUUUGUUACGCAUAUUGUACAACUCAGUAAUGGAUGCCUUUAUGAAUGCUAGUAACCAUGGUGAUCUGAACUGCUUAUUAGCUCUGUUCUUCAACAGCCUCGGUUUAAAUCAGCCUCACUCUGAGAAAUCGUCACAGAGACUACAGGCUUCCUUAGAUACCAGUCUCUGUAGUCAUGUAGCCUACCUACCUCUUCUAUCUUCAGCCAGUGAAAAAAUUGACAAAAUCCUUAAUUCAUGGGAAGCUCAGGAAUUUUCAGAUAUGUCUGAGAACUGUUUUGGAUGCCGCCGCGCUUUCACGAUAUUGGGUUCUUGUGUUUUUUACAAGUCUCAUCUCUUGUGCAAUCACCUACCUAAAGAAGAUUUAAUUGACAUAUACCUCUACCUGAAAUACCAGUCCCUGUUGUUGCUGUGUUGCCGUGACAACAUUCAGCAGCUGGUGGUGUGGCAGGAAGUGAACUCCACGAGACAGAUGUUUGACCUGGGGGAGGAACAGGUGUUUGGGUACACAGAGCCAGUGGAUGCCAAGCUCAUGUGGCUCAUUGUGGGAUAUAGGCGGAGUUUGUUAUGCACGUUACUGGAGAUAAGGGGAGGAACUCUCAAGCGGAACAAGUUCCCUCAGCCGGAUCCUCUGUAUAUUGAUCAGGCCAAGACAGUGCUACUACAGAUAAACUCACUAGACCUGAACCACCUCUGCUCUAAAAGGAGCAUCACCCAGGGAAUUCGACUUGUCCCGUGUCUAGAGUUGAGAAAUUCUGUCCCUCAUAACAAUAUAGGAUACCCAGUGACAUCGAGUCCUAAACUAGAUGUAAGUAAUUUGUUGAACAAAGGACGACAAAUACCAGUGCUUGGACGGAAGGACUCGAUACGGUCUGAUGGAUCCUUGGAAAGUAACUCCAGUGCAGGAAGUGAUAGGGCAAGAAAUAAGAAAGGACGACUGUUUUCAGAAAUACAAGAGGAGAAGCAGACAGAUUUCUCACUCAACUCAGACAGAAUCAAACUGACAUCAGGGGCAGACAACUCUCUUAUUCACUUCCUUCAUUAUGACAAGCAUGAGGGAGUGAUCAUUUCCCCUGAGCCUGUGUCUGGUAACACAGAAAUCAUCCAAAAUUUCCACCGCUGUUGUUCAGAAAUCAAACACAUGUUUGAUAAGUACAGAUACCGAAGGAAGCCAGCCCCUCCACUGAUUCCAGAAAUGGACACCAAAGUCCCUUAUGUGAAUGAUUCAACGUUCAAUUUCAUGAGGGAAGAAGGCGUGAUGUUUACAGUUCCCGCCCCCGGGGUGCCAGCCAGUUACUGGGUUGUGGGUCGCCAGAGAUCUAAAGAAGAAUUUUACGUCUGUUUUCAAGACGGAAUUCCACAAAAUAUGGUAGAGUUGACAUUCAAGGCAGGAUUUGGACUCAAGUGUUGAGGAAGCAUUUCAAAUGGGAUAUUUUUGCAAAAGAUCAACUUCUUUGUCAUUAAAAUGACUGAAAAUUGG